AGGAAGCAAGAAUGAAGAGAAGAACAAAGAAGAAAAAAAUGAGAACAAGAAAGGGAAACAAGGAGAAGAAAAAGGAGAAGAAAAGACACGGAAAAAAAGAGGAAAGGAUAAGCUUCCAAUGUACUUGCGUUCACCUUUCAUGGUUGAACAUGAAAAACUUUUCAAGAAUGUGGACAAUAGAAAGGUAGCUGAGUAUGCGUUUGCUCAAGGAGAUAAUAAGGAGCUUUUGUAUGCUGAUAACAUGGGGACAACGAUUACGAGAGAUGAGAUUCAUAGUCUCAUAGAAGAUAAGCACAUGUUGAACAAUGUUGUGGAUGCUUAUGUUUGCCUAUUGAAUUUUGAAAAUAAAAGACGUGGUGUAGACAAGAAGAGUAGAUUCUUUUUCAGUACUGAAUGCUAUCUCAUAUGUUGUACAGAAAAAUACUUCAAAUCAAAUGAAAGGCAAGAUGAUAGAAUGAAGGCUUUGUUUGAUAGAAUGCAACAAGAAAUGACAACGACCGAAGUAACAAGCUUCAAAAGCAUUCAAUUGGUUUUCUUCCCGGUCGUUUUACCAGAUCACUACUAUUUGCUGUGUGUCAACUUUGUGGAAGGAACAUUUGAUUUGAUUGACAACAGAUUUCUUCCACCAAAUAUUCCUUUUCACAAUAAAUAUGGAAAUUACCAUAGAUUAAUGUUGAAUGCAUUUGCUGAUUUCGUUCACUCAAUUGACUCAAAUAUAAAGAGUGACUUUGUAUCCUCCUUCAAAACAAGAAACUUGAGUAUGUCAUGGAAGAGCAAUAAGAACAAACAUGAUUGUGGAGUGUUCCUGUUGAAGCACAUGGAAACAUAUGAAGGAGAAUCUGUAAAACAAUGGAAUUCGGGACUAGAAUUAGACAAUUUUGACCAAAUGAAAAAAUUAAGAGUGGAGUAUUGUGAGAAGAUAAUAACAGCAGAAGUAAAUGAAGAACGGAACAAAGUGAUUAGGAGAUCAAAAAAGUGGUCAAAGGAGAACAAAAUGGAUAUAUGAUUGUUAAGAUCUUAAGUUUAUAUUUGUAGAGAGAUAUUUGCAAAGAAUAUAACAGUAAUUUUUUAUGUUCUAUGUAUUUACCUGUUACAAGAAAUAUAUUGUUGAAUCAUAUUAAAUGCUAAAAUUUUAAUAU